AUGGAGACUCUCCAGAAGGAGAAUGAGAAGCUCCGCGCAGACCUGGCCAGCCUAUAUGAGCCUGCCUCUCGCGCGGCGCCCCAGACGCAGCGCCCAAGCCAGCCCGUGCCGGUGGAGAACCAGGUUCUGAACCUGGUCCGGCAGGAGCUGGCUGCCUUCCAGCACCGGUUCUCCGUGCUGGAGGGCAUCGUCCUGCGCCCCCCCCUAGGGGCAAACAAGACGGCGGCGAGGCCGGCAACGGCUUCUUACGCGACGGCCACGGCUGCCGCAUCCAGGCCGGGGCCGUCCAGCCAGCCCUCGGGUGGGGCUGCAGUUGCCCCUCCCCCCCCUGAAAAGCCGGCUCCGGCAAAACCGAUACCGGCUGAACCGGUUCCGGCUAAGCCGGCGACGGGAAAGAGAGGCAAGGCGAAGGCGAAAAAGGGCAAGGCGGCAGCACAGGUGAUGGCUGCGCCAGCCCCAGUGCCUGCGGCGAAUGGGCCAGCGCCAGCGGCAAGCCAGCUGCCGCCGCCGCCACCGCCCCCUCAGCUCCCUACACCUCCCGCGGCAGAAGCCGGUUGGCAGGUGGUCGGGGACAAAAAGAAGGGGAAGAAGGCAGCCAAAAAGGCCAAAGAGCAGGAGCGGCAGCACCAGUUCAGGGCGCGCAAGAUCGCGGCUAGGCUCCGCGCCCCGAAGACCGCAGCUGUAGCCGCGGGUAGGGGAAGGCCCUCCUCCGCCGCCACCGCCUCUAUGGCCACCGCCGCAUCUGCAACUGCCGCCGCCGCCGCUGUCACUGUCGCCGCCGCCGCCGCCGCGACACCGACGCCUGCAGAGGGGCGCUCCGUGGAGGAAGCUGAAAUGGAAUGCCUAUAA